AUGGCCGACUCUGGUGAUGUGAGCUACCCUAAGACGGGCAGCAUUCGCGAAGCUGUUACAAAUGGCCCCGUCGUCGAUAACCUCAAGGCAGAGGCUUCCAAGACCUCCAGCGAGUUCCGCGACCUGAAGAACGCCCGUGUCACCCCUUCGACCACCACUAGCAAUGGCCAGCCGUUGACCCACUACCACUCGCUGUUAUACAGCUUGUUGAGCUGGGAACAACCUCGUGCGACCGCCGUUUCUUAUGCUACCGUAAUUGGUUUCAUUUUCGCCGCUCGUUAUCUGCCUCUUCUUCGCUGGGCCUUCAAGUUCCUGUACAUGUCGCUGGGCUUGACCGCUGCCGUUGAGAUUGCCGGUCAACUCAUCCUCAAGCAAGGCAUUGCCAGCUCUUUCCGCCCUCGCCGCUACUACACCAUUCCCAAGGAGACCCAAGAGGUUAUCCUGGAGGACCUUUCCCAGCUGUUGGACUUUUUCUUGAUUGAGUUCCAGCGCAUUCUGUUCGCCGAGAAUGUCGUCCAUACCGUUGCUGCUUUCACUGCUGCCUUCACUGGCUACUGGCUCGUCCGUUUCGUUCCUCUCUGGGGUCUCGCCGUUAUCUCCGUGACCGUUGCCUACCUCGGACCUCUCGUGUACAUCAGCAACCGCGAAAUCAUCGACGAGCAGAUCAACAACCUUCAGGAGAUUAUUAGCUCCCAGACCAACCAGCUCAAGGAUCUUGCCGGCGAGCGUACCUCCCACGCCACCGGUGCCCUGAAGCAAUAUGUGGGCGAGUACAGCCACAAGGCCCAGGAGUACAUUGGCCGCCGCUCCGCUUCCCCCGAGAUGACCAAGGCCCCCGCCCCCGCCAAGACCGAGCCUGUCUCUGAGCCCACAAUCAAGACCGAGGACUUCCCCGAAGCCCCCAAGCUCGAGCCCAUCCCCCAGGUGGUUGAGUCUGUAGAGACGGCCGAGCCGGCUCCUGCGGCCGCGGAGAAGGAGCCUCUUUUGGCUCUGUAA